AUGAUGAAGAGUAUUGAGAUGGCCAAAAAGAAGAGACGAUUGAAAUGGCGAAAGCAGGAGGCGGAUGCUGGAGGCAACAUGCGCAAGAACUCGUCCUCGGCUAGACCAAGUCCUGCACCAAUUUCCGCUGUUGAUCUGCACUGUCUCUGGUAUCCAACUGUCCGUCGGACUGUCAUGUGCCUUGCAAAGUUGUACAGAUGUCUCGACGUGGCUGUUUUUCAAUCACUUGCUCGUGAUUUGUUGACAAUGUGCACCGAGUCCCUGGAGGCGGCAGCUCUUCACAUUGCUGCGGCACCAUCCAAAAAG